GUGGCGGCACAUUCUGUGUUGACGUGUGCUUGAAGAAAGAUGGCAGCCCGCAUGAAAGGGCUGCUGUUAACUAUGUUUUUAGCUUCACUUCACUUAUCUCAAUCCCAAAAAAUAUCUAAUCUUCGCUUGUGUGCUGAUCCUAACUGCGAAGGUACUAUUUCUCUUGUACGUACAUUAAGAAAACAUAAUCCUAAAGAGCCAGGAUUGCUGUCAUUCCAACCCAACCAUGUCAUCAGAGUAACUAGUAAAUCUGCUGGAAAUAGGCCUGAAUUCUGGGGUGGAGAGAUCAAUGGAAAGUUUGGUUACUUCCCUCGUUCCUUUGUAACAGAAUAUAAAGUUUAUGUACACAAUCCAGAGCAUGUGGUUCAUACUGAGGAGCAGCAGCCACCUCAAAUAAAUGAAGCACCCCCAGUGCAACCUGAUCAGUUGUCAGACCAGCCUUCUACCGGAGCUGACCAACUUCAAACAAGUGACCCACAGCACUCUGUACAUACUGGACAGGACCAUGCUAAACAACAACAACAGCAUCAACAACAACAACCUGACUCUCACUCUGAUGCAGUCCAACUAAAUGAAGGACAUGAACAUCACAGUGGUCAUCAGCAGCAGGCAGAACAAGGGACUUUUGAUGAUAUUGUAGCUGCAGAAACACAACGUAGGCGUCAGGAGGCAGAAUUGGUGAGACAGCAGUUGUUGCAUCAACAAGAACAGAAAAAUCAACAGCAGCAAAGUAACUCAGACUUAGAUCCAGGAAAUGCACAACAGCAACAGGAUCCAGUGGAGCAACAGCAGCAACAUCAACCAGUACAGCAACAGGAUCCAGUGCAGCAACAGCAGGAGGAUCCAUUGCAACAGCAGCAACAUCAACCAGUACAGCAACAGGAUCCAGUGCAACAACAGCAACAUCAACAAACAGUACAGCAACAGGAUCCAGUGCAGCAACAGCAGGAGGAUCCAGUGCAACAGCAGCAACAUCAACCAGUACAGCAACAGGAUCCAGUGCAACAACAGCAACAUCAACAAACAGUGCAGCAACAGCAGGAGGAAACAGUACAACAGCAGCAGCAUCAACCAGUUCAGCAACAGGAACAUCAACAGGACCCAGUACAGCAACAGGAACAAUUCCAGCAGCAGCAAAAACUUCAACAAAAUUCAUUGCAUCAACAUCAAGAUCCAUCACAUCACCAGCAUGAGCAACAACAUGAUCCAUUGCAUCAACAACAACAGCAGCACACGCAGCAGGAUCAACAGCAGGACCCACUGCAGCAACAACAGCAGCAAGGUAACAAAGAGCAGCAACAACAAAAUGAGGAUGAUGAAGAACAAUAUGACAGUGACACAGAAUAUGAUGAUGAGGAAGAAGAUGGAGAGGAUGAGGAUGAGGAAAUGAGAGAAGAAAAUCAAAAUGGUAAUGAAGAAUAUGAUACAGAACUACCUGAAACAGAGCCAGACACAACCACACCUUCAGGUGAUGUAAGAGAGGAACCUGGAGAGCCAGAGGAGACUCAGUCUGACACUCAUCAGACUGAACAACAGCCUGAAGCUAAAGGGCUAUGGAGCUCACUUACAUCAAUGUUCUCUUCAGAGGAAAAGAAACAAGAUGAAGUGCAAGAGACUCAAGAUUUAGCAACAGAUGAUGACCAUGACCCUAAUGAAGCAUUAGAACGCCUUAGAGAAAAGCACUUGCAACAUGGAGAAACAGUGGAAGAAGAAUAUGCAGAAGAGCAUGUAGACCAUUUGAAUGCAAUACUGGAAGAGAAAACCAAAGAACCGGAAAUUCAUAAAGGUUCACAUGAGAGUGAGAAAGAACCUGUACCAGCAAUGGAAGAAACCAAGGAGACAGGUGGUCAAGAAUCAGAUACCCAGCCUGACAGUACAGCCACUAAGAGUGAGCCUGCGGAAGAAAACAGUGUGCAUGAUACUGAAUCCCCUGAGCGAACAGAACCAGAUGACACCCCCACUAUUACUGUAUCCACUAUCACUGGAGAUGCAUUGGUUGUGGAUGACUCUUCUGCCACACCUACAACACAAAUUAUUGUAGAGCAACCAGUUGUUGCUACAACACCCACAGUUGAAGUACUGCAGCCUCAGGAACAACAAGAAAAGCAGCAACAGCAAGAACAGCAGCAGAGAAAACAACAGCAAGAAAAGCAGAGUGAGGAACCAAAUCAACAACAACAACAGCAGGAGCAGCAACAACAACAGCAACAACACCAGGAGAAGCCCAUAGUUACAGAAACAACCCCCAUUGUUACACCACCAACACAAGAGGAGAACACUGCCACUGUCCCCCCAGCAGGAGAUGCACAACCAAUCAUACCUCCACCAACUUUACAAGAUGGUGAACAGAAACCAAACCAGGACAAAGAACCUCAAGAAGCAAUAGACAACACAGGAGCAAAAGAUAAUCAGAGAGAAGACAAAUCAUCUCAACAGGGUCAACAGCCACUUGAACAGGUCCAACCAUCUCAAGGCAGUCUGCCGCCUCCGGAAGGUCAUUUACCUGAAGAAGGCCAACAGCCUGGAGCAAGUCAAGAGCAUCAAGCAAGCCAUCAACCUGAAGUUCAGCCACUUGAUGGGAGUCACCAACCUCAAGAGGAUCUACCUUAUGAGGAAGAAAGUGAGACUGAGGAGGAAGCCAGCAUUUCUGAGUCUUCAGACAAGUCUGAGCCCUCAUCAGUUGAAGAAACAACACCUGCCCCACCAGAGGCAUCUCCCUCAGUGCCAGACAUUGAUGCAGAUCAGAAAAUACCAGACAAAGCUGGUCCUUUGGAAAUAGAGAGGACAGAAGAAGAAAAACAGAUAGAUAUAAAGGAUUCAGCUGGUAAAAUAGUUGAAGGCACACCUGACCCUAACAAAGGAUUUCCUGAUCCCACCAAAGAAUUUUCUGAAGGUCAAAAGGCAGGUGAGUCUCAAGACAAUACACCAUCACCCCCAGAAGAUGUAGCUGAAGGUAUGAAACUGGAUGACUCUGGAGCGGAUAAGGCGGAUAUUGAAAAAGAUAAAGACAAGCCAAAACCUGAAAUGACAAAGGAAGAAGAUAAGGAAAUAAUUAAGGAAGGAAUUCUUGGAACUUCUGCUGAUGUGUCAUCUACUACAACGGAGCAGGACUCAACAACCAUCAUUGAUGGGACCACCAUGGAAUUGAUAGAUGGAACACCCAUACCAAUGGACCCUGAUGACCUUUAUUUUGCUGAUGGUCCAUCAAGUCCAAGCUUUACUGAGGCAGUGUCAUCCAUCAGCAUCCAGCCAGUAGAAGAGACAACUGAAAGUGGUAACACUGCACAGGCAGAUUUUGCAUCAAACAGUAUUCAGGUUGAGCCAUCUGUAUCGCCUCAGGAAGCCAUAUCUUCUGUAGAACCCCGUGAAAGUAGUGAAGUUGAGGGUAGUCAAUCUGAGUUGACAGCUACUUCACCACAGCAAACACAGGGGAUGACUUCCCAAGCAACAGUCCUGCAUACAACGAGUGGAGAUGCUAAAGCAAGUAUCAUAGACACUCUGAGAGAAACUCCGCCUGAAGGUAUCAAGGAUACUGCUAAGAAAGAGGAAAAAGAUGAGAAAGAUAGCACAUUACAGGAAACUAUUACAAAUAAACCGGACACCAUUACUACUGUGCCUUCUGUGGAUGAUGAGAUACCAAUGCCACCAGUUGAAGCAGUCACACCACCUACUGUUAUGAUACAAGAUGGCACCAGUGGUGCUGGAACCCAGGGAGGAGGUGCAGACCCCCUGGGGAUGGGAAGCACCCCUGCCAUUGACAUUCCAUCAAAGAAGAAUGACUCUGAUGGCCCAACAGCCCCACCUCCCAACCAACCAUAUCUGGGGGACUUGGUCAAAGAGGAGUACAGGAGUGAUGCAGACUUCCUGAACAGAAAACCAUUGAAUCAUAAUAUUAAGUCGGACACCAGCACUAAAGCAGCACCAAUGGGUGGUGAUGGAAAUGUGCAGGGGACGGACAGUUUGCCUAGGUCUCUACAAGGUGAAGAUCAGGCUGGGGCUGCCCCUGAAAAAGAAAGUCUACACAAGCCUCCAACUGGUAUUAAAGCUUUAGUAUUUGUUGUGAUGGCUACCAGUGAACCAUUCAUGCAGCUUUUGGUGGAUUUGCUGCCAGAUCCAAUGAAGGAAACCAUUGCUGAGGACGUAGUGGGUCUUCCCCCUACCACCACCAUGUUUGCGACAUUGGUCACUAUUGUCCUAUCCAUAUUUUGGUCUUGUUUGGCUUGCUCUGGGAAGUCCAAAAGGAGAAAGGAGUUUGACUAUAUGGCCAAGUAUCGGGGGUUGGAAGAAAAGCUUUACAUAACUACUAAAGAAAAAGAAAACCUAGAAGAAAGUCUCUCAGAAGCAGAAAAGAAGUUAACUGAGAAAGAAAGUUUAGUCAAUAUUGUAGCAGAAAGUGGUGACAGUCUUCAAGCAGAACUCAACAUGGUGCAGGAUAAAAAGGCAAUGAUAGAAUCUCAGCUGAAUGUUCUCCAGGAGCAAGUUGAGCAACUCAACCUAACUGUGGAACAGCAGCAACUGGACAUUGACUCAAAACAACAGGAGAACGCUGUGCUAAACAAUCAGAUAACACAGACAGGAGAACAUGUCACAGCCCUGGAGCACAAGUUAAAUGAACUUCAAGAUUCUCUUAGUCAACAGGAAAGUAUGGCCACAGCAUAUAAAAACCAAGUGCAAUUACUUACAGAGGAAAAUAAUCAGCUUAAGGAAAGCAAGAGCCAGUUGCAAGAAGAAGUUGAAGGAUGGAAUGAAAGAGUAAAAGACUUGACAGAUCAAGUAUCACUUCUUCAAAAGGAACAGAAAGAACUACAAGAGAAUGUUGCAUAUAAGGACAAUGAAUUGGAGGUGCUCAGAGAUUGCUUUAUGCAAAUGAAAUCAUUGGAGAAGGAGAGAGAAGAGAGAGGACAUGAAGAGGAGGAUGCAGGAGAAGGACAUGAAGAUUUGCAGGACAAGAUACAAGCUAUGAUGGAUGUGUCUAGAGUGAGGGCGCAGUUGCAAGCAGUUAGAGAGGAUAGAGAUAGUAUAGAAAAUCAAUUAAAAAUUGAAAAAGACAGUAGGAAACAAUUGGAAGAUAAAAUUGAAUCUAUGCAAGUUCAGAUGGAGAAGUUGAGGGAAGGGCAUUACAAAGCAGACCAACAAGGGAAAGAAGCACAGCACAAACUUGAUGUAUUAUCCAAUUAUUUUAAGGAGAAAGAGAUGCAACUUACAAAAGAGUUGGGUGAGCAGGAGGCCCUCAAAAAGCAAAGUCUGUCUCAGUUGGCCAGUGCUGGAGAAAAAACUGAAGCUUUUGAAAGAGAAAGUGCAGUAUAUAGACAACAGAUAAAAGAUCUUCAAGCAGAAAUAGAAAAUGUGGAAAGGAACUUCAGACAACAGAUAGCGCAAAAUGAGAAAAAGGCCCAUGAAAACUGGCUUGCAGCAAGAAAAGCAGAAAGAGAACUCCAACAAGCCAAAUUUGAGGCAACACAGUACAGGCAAAAGCUUACAGACUUGGAACAUAAGCAAGAAGAAACUAUGAAAGGAUUGAUGAGGCCCUUGGCUCUUUCACCAGAUGGACCAGUUGGGCCUCCUCCCCCUCCUCAUCCUGGUCUGGACAGGCCCUCCCCUGUGUACAGAGAUGAUGGUGUACGAGACUCUCCUCAUAUGAUUCCACCCCCACCAGUGGAGAGAAGGCCUCUCUUUCCACCAGGACCUAUGGGGCCGUUACCACCCCCACGUAUGCCCCCACCCCCUCCAUUUGAUCAUAGACCCCCACUCCCACCAAUGGACAGAAGGUCACCACCUUAUGACAGACGGCCUCCUCCUGACAGGAGGUCACCUUUAGAUCAUCGAUCACCUCCGCCAUUUGACAGGGCACAGUCACCUCCCUACGACCACAGAUCUCCACCACCAAUGGAUCGCAGAUCCCCUCCUCCAUUUGAUAGGCGUCCACAUUUAGAUAGAAGAUCACCCCCACCAUUUAGGGACAUGCCACCCCCACCCCCUCACCUCAGAGGACCUCCCCCACCUCUGGGGCGUGACAUGCCACCCCCACCAUUUGGUCCACCUCCUAUGGGACCUUAUGGACCACGCCCCCCUCCUCCGCCAGGAGAUAGAUAUGAAGGCUCUAGGUCAACAUCAAGACAAAGUAUGCAUAGAACAUCUACUCCUACAGAUUAAUGUGUGCCAUAUGAUGGAAAGAUUUUGGACUAUUACUAGGAAAUUCAUAUGUAUAUACAGUCAUUUUAGUGAUGAACAUCUUCAAAAAGACCAAGAGUGCAGUCUACAAAAGGAUUAAGUCAUACAUGAAUAUAUCAGUAAUUAUUACAGACUGCCCAAAUUUGUUAAUUGUCAUAUUGAAAAGGCAACUUGCAAUCCAUGGUCUCUUCCACUUAUAAUUGAAAUAAAGGUGAUGUUAUAAUUGAAAUAAAGGUGAUUUAGGCCUAACCUUACGUUUUCUAAUUGAAAAGUCAGAUUUCAAAUAUGGCUUGAAAUCAUAUUCAAUUUGGAACAUGAUGCCAUUCGUCUUCAACUUGAAGGCAAUGGUUGUGAUUUAAAACAAUGUAAAUAAGCUUGUUAGUAUCAUUCAUUUGCAGGCACUGUGAUGUCUUUAUAUUGAUAUUUGUAAAUAUUAAAAAAACAUUAAAGAUGUUAAAAUUGCAUUCAAUUUGAUGUGUUUGAAGAGUUGCAAGUAUGAAUUUAUAUUUUGUUGUGCUUGAACAAUGCAAAUGCUUGUGUUUUCUUAUCAUGGUGCUAUUAUGACAUGAAAGGAGAAGAUGCAAUUGUUCAUAAGUUUUGCGUUUUGAAAUUUAUGAUUAAGGUUCGAAUUAGACAUUGUAUUUCUCAAAUGAAACUAGUUAUUUAUUUUGUAUCACAUUCUCAUUAUACAAAAUAAAAUUUUAUUUCAAUCAGA